CUUGCUCCYAUCCCAUCCCAACACUACUGGUACUCGUACSUUUAUCCAUACGAAUACUUAUUGGUGUACGUCAAACACAAACAUUGCUGACAGCAAAGAUACGAUCAGCAACCGCGUGAAGGAGAAGGCAGAUGGACACGACUACGCAAGAGACAUAAAGCAGCUUCAUAACGCAAUACAGUAGAACAGAAGAGAAUAGAACGGACCAUAAAUCACGACAAAGCAGGGACGGAAACAGAAACAAUAAUCCCCGCGUAAAUUUCUUUCAUUUUCUCACAAUUGAACAACGACCCAAACAAGUCGUACAUUAUUCCCAAAAUGGACCAAAAACAUUCCCGACAGCAAAUACUCUGGUUACUGAUAAUGGCAACGGUCACAUGCAGCUUGUGCCUUUCCUCGGUUGUUACUGCUUUUGCCCCGCCACCCCAUUACUGCUCUAAACGAACGAAUUCGAAUUCGCUGCGGCACUUUCCGCCCACGAAACAAMAAACUGCUCAGGCCGUGACCGCGGCGAGAAUCGCACCAGCACUGCACGUUAAAAAACAAUCGACAGCGGAUUUCGAGUACCAAGAGUUGCAAAUCCAAUUGGACGCGAUGAAGAAGCAAAACGUGAAGCCUUCACAACUAGAUCCUUCGAAGCGCGCCGAACUCAGGUCCUAUGUCGAGGAAAUACUCUCCCGACGCCUCCCCAACAUGAAAACGGUUGACUCUUCCGUUCCACUCCCCUUGCGGUUGAGGUCGGCGCUUCCCGGAACAAAGUGGAGGAUGGCCUUUACAACGCAAUCUCUCAUGGCUGAAGCUCUCCCGAAGGACGCAACCAUCACGAUGGACUUUGCGAGCGGAAGCGGGAGUGCAGCGACCGGGAGCAAUCGGGUGGACUAUGGUCUCGACUUUUUUAAGACACUGGCCCUCAAGCGCUUGGUGGCCAGAAGUACGUAUUCCGUGAUGGAGGUACGUUGCAUUGAUUGCURUUUUGUUGCGUUGCAUUUAAGGAUUGCUGUGUUAGUUUUAUCACGUCGGAGCUGGAUCAUUUGAUAAAGCUUCAUUGACUGGAGAAUAAGCUAGAYAAAUUCAUCCAAAGGCAAUUCUGAAUGGCUUCCAUCUUUCCUUGCAUUUUUGUUUGGUUUCAGCCACGGACCGACGGCAUUCUGGGCUCUGCGAUCGUUCAAAUUACCUACGACAAAAUUGUGACAGACGUGAUGGGAUUCUCCAACCUUGGUAUCGGGAUGUUUGGAAUGCUGAAGGGGCGAAACACGUACAUACAAACUGUAUUCUUCGACAACAAGCUGUGGAUCGAGAGCGGCGUGGACCCAGCGAAUGGAGAAACAUAUUACAACGUUUAUACUCGGGAGGACAAGGACAGCGACAGUGCCGGCAACGAUGACGACGACGACGACGAUGAUUGGCAGAAAUAAACAUGAUGCCCGUGCUUUAAUGACAAGAGAAGCACCAUAAAUCACACGCUUAUGCGAUAUCUUCAUCAAUUCUCAGGAACACAAUUGCAGGUCGRGACAUGCRAACAAGAUUCCACGGUGCUGGCUACCAGUGACGUAGCUUGAAGCAGGGCGCUGGUGCGUCAAAUAGAUGACGACAAGUACUGUAUAAUUUAAGCGUCUAAAACGAAAAUAAUUCAAGCAGAGCAUC